GUCAAUUUCCUUGUUAGACAACCCAUAGUCUUCACGGUAAUAAUGUAACUGUACUCUACGCACUAUAACUAUCGAUCGACUUACUAGACACGCACAAAAAAUAUCCUAUUAUUACCUACCAAGAAACAUAGACCUCUCACAGGCGCAAGCGCCACUUCUUGUCCGCAACGUCUAGCAAUCCAUUCAGUAACAUUCGCGCCUUCUUUGAGUGAUCAUGGACACCGACGAGCCUGUGACAUCCGCGGUUUCGCAACAGGAUGCGAGCGAUUACAGUCUUCAGUUGAAUCGUUGGUUCUUGAAGUCAGUAGGUGCUUGGCCGAGAUCAGCCACAACAACGGUCGGAGAAAAAUUGCGGUCGACGAUACAAAUAAUCAUCUGCUACUCCCUGAUAGCCUUCGUAGUCGUACCAUGCAUCCUGAACAUCCUGUUCGAGGAAACCGACAUCCACAUGAAAUUGAAAGCCGUAGGGCCGCUGAGCCACUGGUGCAUGGGUGGCAUGAAUUACUUCUCGUUGUUGUUCCGCAGCCGCGAAAUACGUCGUUGCAUGCAACACAUAAAGACCGAUUGGCGAACAGUGACGGAAAUCGAAGACCGGCGAGUGAUGCUGAAAUAUGCCAAGUUCGGCCGGUUCGUCGCUAGUUUGUGCGCCGUUUUCAUGCAUAGUGGCGUGUUUUCCCAUAGCCUGCUGCAAGGCAUCACGCCGACGAUCGCCUACAUCGGCAAUAAGAGUGUGAUAGUACACGUGUUACCGUGUCCCUCUUACAGCAAAUUUGUGGAUAUCAGAUACAGCCCGGAAGGCGAGAUCGCUCUAGUAUUGCAACUCAUUUCUAGCAUUGUCGUUAAUUCGAUCACUAUCAGCGCUUGUAGUCUCGCGGCGGUAUUCGCGAUGCACGCAUGCGGUCAGCUGAAUGUGCUGAUGAGAUGGUUGGACCACUUAGUGGACGAUCGGAGACAAUUCGAUGCGGUUCAACGUCGAUUGGCUAUUAUCGUGGAACACCAUUUGAGGGUAUUAAGCUUUGUGAUGCGUAUGGAAGCACUUUUAAAUCAAAUAUGUUUUGUCGAGUUGCUAGGAUGUACGUUUAACCUAUGUAUGCUUGGAUAUUACACCAUUACGAGUUGGAAUGUAAUAGAGAAACAAACCUCAAUCGCUUAUAUGAUCAUAUACAUGUCCAUGAGCUUCAACAUUUUUAUAUUUUGUUAUAUUGGUGAAGUACUUACAGAACAGUGUAAACAGAUAGGCGAAACAGCCUAUAUGACUGAAUGGUACCGUUUACCCCACAAAACUGCCCUUGGUUUGAUAUUGAUUAUUUCCCGAUCGAGUAUGGUAAUUAAAUUAACCGCGGGGAAACUGGUCCAUCUUUCUAUUGCAACUUUCGGUGACGUGAUGAAGACCUCAAUGAUAUAUCUAAACAUGCUUCGAACCAUGACGACUUAAACAAUAACGUUACAAGUUUUAUAUGAAGUAUUAGCAAACUUUCUAGUUGUCAUCGUAACUCUUUAAAUUUCUUAGUAAUCUCCAGCAAUUUUUCUAGCAAUGGAUGCGGUUAAUUUACACAUAUAUACGAGGGCUGUCCGAUAAGUACUUAGCCUCAC